AUGGUAAAUUUCUACGAUGACGUGAGCGAAUCGAAUUCGAAUGAUGAAUUCCCUUUGAUACCCGUUGUGUUUCAAAAUUCAUCAGAGCUAUCAGUCAGGACUAUACCUACCGGGAAUGAAAUCAUUGAGUCAGUGCACUUGACCAAAUGGUUACGGGAAUAUAGAAACGCGCUUGCUAACCAACUAGAUUGUUAUGAGAAAAAGUGGCAAUCCAAGAUAGCCAAGUUUAGGUUCCAAGUUCAACAUGUUAUCAAUUAUUCAAGAAAGAACAUUUUCAAUGUUGAUUUUGAAAAUAAACAUACUGUGGUUCCUGGCUCACUAAUAGCAGUGGGUGCCUUUUUUGCUGGAAGUAUAGCAGUAAACAGAUCUAAUUGGGGAGCUAAAAGGUUAAUAUUUGGCCAUAAAUCCACUAUCCUCGAGAAAUUAUGUACGUCAUUACCAUCGAGAAUAUUUUUACCAUGGGUUUUGGCAGCAGCAACGUUCAGGUAUUGGGCCCCACAAACAUCACGGAAUUUAGUUAAUGCCACUGAAAAUGACUUACUGCCAAGCGAUUUCGUCAAAUCAUAUCACGAUACUUGGAAACAAAUUUAUGAGGAAGGAUAUCUCGCCAAAAAAAAUUCUUUAAAACAUCAAAUCGAACAGACAUUACAAAAAAAUAUAAGAUAUGCAAGGGAACAACUUCAUGAAAAGCUGGAACAAGCAUGA